AUGCACGGUAUUUACUGGACAAUGCCUGAAAAACACCCGUGCCCGCGGUGCUGCCGGGCGCGAAGGGGUUACGGGCGGCUGGUCCGGCCCGCCCGCCUCACCGCCUUCCCCGGCGGUUCCCGGCUGUUCCCGGCUGUUUACCUGGCAGCGCCGGCCGGAGGCCGCUCUGACAUCACCGCCGCGCCCCCUCCCUCCGUCCCUGCCUGCCUCCUUCCCUCCUUCCCUGCCUGCCUCCUUCCCUCCGUCCCUGCCUGCCUCCUUCCCUCCUUCCCUGCCUGCCUCCUUCCCUCCGUCCCUGCCUGCCUCCUUCCCUCCGUCCCUGCCGCCGCCGAGCCGCGCCCGCCGCGGAGCCGCCACCGCCGGGCCCCGGGCACCGGGCAGUGGGCUGGACAUCGGGCACCGAGCCGGACAUCGGUCACUGAGCACCGGGCCCCGGGCCGGACACCGCGCACCGGGCACCGGUCACCUGGCACCGGGCCCCGGGCCGGGUCCCCGGGAUCGCCGCCCGCCUUGCCCCUCGGCCCGGUGCCCACGCACCCACCUGGCUGUCCCGCCGCCGCCCCGCGCCGCCCGGGGACCAGCACCAUGCUGCCGCCGCUCGCCGCCCGCACCCUGCCCGGGCCGCUCCCUGGGCACGGCUUGGCCACCGCAGCCACGCAGAAAGGUGGAGAGACGAUGUCCCUGGAAACGCUGGCGGGCCGGGGCUGACACUGCCUCUCACCUCUCCCUCCCUGACAGCCCCGGCCGCGGGGUCAUAAACCGUGGGGGGAAAAGGCAGCCUAUUAGUAACUCUAUUAAGUCUCCAUUAGUUAGGUGUGAACUCAUUACUCUAAUAUACCUGGAGGUGGGAUCCCACUUGCAGGACAUUAGCGCUGCAAUAAGCACGUUUACCACCCGAGCUGGACCGGGUGAGGCAGAGGAUGGAGCAGAGGAGAGGAGCCUCUGGCACCCGGAGCAGCAGCAGCAGUGAGAGCCCUCCUGCCACACACAGCUGACCCUGUCCCACCCAGGAUUCCUCCCUCUCCUCCCGCCCCUCUGCCCAGUCCCUCAGGCACCCCUGGAGCCCUUCCCU